ACUGGCAGCAGAGCUGCUUGUACAUUUGUUUCAGGUUUUACAGGUUUUAUCAUCCAGCAUCUCAAGCUCCACCCUCUCCUGACACACCUGAGAAACCAGGAAGCAUCUGUUCCUCCCUGAAGAGACGCAGGCUGAAAACCAGACGAUCACAUUCACCUUCCAAACCAAACUGAACCAAACCAGACCAAACGUCCUGAGUGAGUCCAGCUACAGGAGAGAAGAGUCACACUACAACCUGCCGACGCUCCACACACUGACCCUUCACCUGGAGACUCAAUGGCUUCCAGAUUAGAAGAGGAUCUCUGCUGUCCCGUCUGCCAUGAUGUCUUCAGAGAUCCUGUUCUUCUGUCAUGUAGCCACAGCUUCUGUAAAGACUGUGUGAAGACCUGGUGGAAAGACAAAGAAGUAAAAGAGUGUCCACUUUGUAAGAGAAGAUCUUCAAAGGAUCUACCACCUAACCUGGCGUUAAAGAACCUGUGUGAGACCUUCUUACAGGAGAGAGAUCAGAGCUCUUCACCUGCUCUCUGCAGUCUGCACUCAGAGAAACUCAGACUCUUCUGUCUGGACCAUCAGCAGCCAGUGUGUCUCGUCUGCAGAGAUUCAAAGAAACACACCGACCACAGAUUCAGACCCAUCGAUGAAGCUGCACAACAACACAAGAAGCAGCUUCAGGAAACUCUGGAGCCCUUGAAGAAGAAGUUACAGAGUUUUGAACGUGUUAAAUUAGAGUUUGAACAAACAGCAGAACACAUUAAGGUCCAGGCCGGACUCACAGAGACGCAGAUCAAGGAGCAGUUUAAAAAGCUUCAUCAGUUUCUGGAGGAGGAAGAGGAGGCCAGGAUGGCUGCACUGAGGGAGGAAGAGGAGCAGAAGAGUCGGAUGAUGAAGGAGAAGAUUGAGUCUCUGAGCAGAGACAUAACGUUUCUUUCAGACACAAUCAGAACCACAGAGGACGAGCUGAGAGCUGAAGACGUCUCGUUCCUGCUCAACUACAAGGCUGCAGUGGAACGAGUCCAGCAGCGCCCCCUGCUUGGUGAUCCACAGCUGGCCUCAGGAGCUCUGAUAGACAAGACCAAACAUCUGGGCAACCUGAGCUUCAACAUCUGGAACAAGAUGAAGGACCUGGUCUCCUACAGUCCUGUGGUUCUGGACCCAAACUCUGCUCAUCCAGAACUCGUCCUGUCUGAAGAUCUGACCAGUUUGAGACGAGGAGAGAGACAGAAGCUUCCUGACAAUCCAGAGAGGUUUGAUACUUACACCUCAGUCCUGGGAUCUGAGGGUUUUAACUCAGGGACUCACAGCUGGGACGUCCUGGUUGGAGACAAUACUGACUGGUUCCUGGGUGUAAGAGCAGAGUCUGUCCAGAGGAAGGGAAAAGAUCUGUCUGGAUUAUGGGGAAUAGAGUUCUAUGAAGGUAAAUACUAUGCAGUGUCACCAUCAGGAUCAUCUGUUCUCUCUGUGCAGAAGAUCCAGAGGAUCAGAGUGAAACUGGACUGGAACAGAGGAAAACUGUCGUUCUCUGAUCCUGAUACUAACAAACACAUUCACACGUUCACACACACUUUCACUCAGAAGAUGUUUCCAGACUUUAACACUAUAGAUGAUGAUCAUCACCCAUUGAAGCUGUUACCUGUGAAAGUCUCUGUGACUCUGGAUCAGAGCCGUUAGAGAUAAAGAUUUUAUUCAUCAUUUUUAUUUCUUCAAGAGAAAUCUGCUGAAUUUAAAUGUUAAAUGUGUAACCCAGGUGUCAGAUGAUUUAAAAGUUAUCUAAAAUUAAUAAAUUAUUUCUGAUGCGGUCAGGUGGGUCACUUCCUCUUUCCCGUCUGUUAUUGUGAACAGUGUGGAUCAGCGUCCGGCCGCCAACACAGCGUGGAAAACUUGUGUCAGAUCAGCAGUGAAUCGCACUGUGUUUUCAUUGUGGAUGAUUCCCACUAGCAUAGCGUGGUUUAAGUUUAACCUGUGAGUGAUGAUGUUGGUGUGUAUGUUUACUUGCACUUAGCCUGUACAGCUUGUCCCUAAUAGCCCUGGACAUAUCUGUUUGCAUUUCAGUUGAAUGUUUUAAUCUUUCUUAAUGGUGAAAUUAUUAGCCAAAUGUUUGGGUGUUGUUGCGAUAAUCCUGACGUCUCUUUAUGAUAUUUUGUAUUAUUUGAACUGAACAAUUAGGAAUUAUUUGUUUUUCUCAAUGAUCUUUUGUAGGCCAGGUUUUUUCCCACCUUUAGUCAGAUGUUGUUUGACCCAAACUCUGACAGUGAUGAAGAAUUUCAUAGAAAGUGACUAAUAUUAACCUAACCUCCUGGCCACUACGAGUGGGAGGAGCAAACUCACACUAACCCCCUUUUUGGUUUUUCCCUUUUUAACAUUCGAACAUGGAAUGUCCUUGGAUCAACAUAAAUUAUAUUAAAGAAAUGAAAAUAUACGACUGAACUGAAAAUAGAAAUGAUCUGAGAAAUAUUAAUUUUAGUUGUAAGUUUGUUUUACAAUUUUUUGUUUAAAUGCA